AUGUCCAGCAGGGCCCAGCCAGGAGGUGCCUCUGCCCCCAUCCACCAUGACCUCAUGCAGGUGACUGGGCAGGUGGCUGUCCUGUGGCCCCAGACUUUUGUGACCAUCAGACCAGGCGCCUGCCAAGCCACCAGCACACAGAAAGGGCUGCUCCCUAAAGCCCCGCUAGGGCCAUGUGACAGCUCAGGGGCCCAGGGGAGCUGCUUCCUCAUCGGCUGGCCCACUCCCCAGCCCUGCCGGCAAGGGCCACCAGGCGCCCACGGCCAGAGCUUCCAGGUGGCAGACAGAUUCCUCCUGGGCAGCAAGGCCUUCUGGCCAUAUAAGGCCGCCUGUGGGCACCUCCUGGAGGAGCUGCAGAGCCCUCACCCCGCGGGAACCGGAGCUUGGCCAGGCCCCCAGGGACCUGGGGGGAGGGGCCUGCUGCAGGCCUGGGCUGGACCAGGGCUGCCAGCAGCCGCCAGCAUCAGCCUUGCCGCCUGCCCCACAGCCAGCCCGGAUGGACCAGAGAAGCUGCCUCCAGCCCCUGGGAUUCAGGAUUUGCAGGAGGCCAGGGACAGCCAGAAAGAUGUGACCAGUGAUCGUAUUGCCUCCGGGGCCACUACCAACCGCCAUUCACAGCCGGCAGAGCGCACCUUCCAGCACACCUGCUGGAUGAAGCAGAAUGGGGGCCAGUGCCAUGCGCAAAACACCGAAAACCCGCCGGCGAGAGGCGGCCAGGAUGCGCUGCGCUCCGGAAUUCACAUCUCAAUCCCAGGGACCCCGCGUUUGGGCUCCCGGGCUGCGGUCACUCGGGUCGCUCUGCCGGUUCUGGGGUCGCGGGUGGGGACGGGCUGGGCCCGGACUGGACCCGAGAGGAGUGGCGCCAAACCCGGGCCCGCCGGGACCCUCGGCCGCCGAGAGGUGCCCGAAGUUAGGGAAACAAAGAGCGGAUCCGCUGGACCGAGAGGAGCGGGCCGGCGCGUCCGGGACCGCGGUGCUGGAGGGCGCAGGGGGCCGCCCGGGACCGGGAGCCACGCCCCGGGGCCGCCUCGGCGUCGCGUUCCCACGGCCCGGCCCGAGUCCGCGAGCUGGAAGAUGGCGAAACCGGGUGCGCGGCCCUGCGGUCCCCGGGGCCCCGCGCCGCUGCUGCUGGCCGGACUGGCGCUGCUGGGUGCGGCGCGGGCGCGGGCGGCGGGCGGUGGCUUCAGCCUGCACCCGCCCUACUUCAACCUGGCGGAGGGCGCCCGCAUCGCCGCCUCGGCCACCUGCGGCGAGGAGGCCCCUGCGCGCGGCGCCCCGCGCCCCACCGAGGACCUCUACUGCAAGUUGGUGGGGGGCCCCGUGGCCGGCGGGGACCCCAACCAGACCAUCCAGGGCCAGUACUGCGACAUCUGCACGGCCGCCAGCAGCAACAGGGCUCACCCUGUGAGCAAUGCCAUUGACGGCACGGAGCGCUGGUGGCAGAGCCCACCACUGUCCCGGGGCCUGGAGUACAACGAGGUCAACGUCACUCUGGACCUGGGCCAGGUUUUCCAUGUGGCCUACGUGCUCAUCAAGUUUGCCAAUUCCCCUCGGCCAGACCUCUGGGUGCUGGAGCGGUCCACGGACUUUGGCCACACCUACCAGCCCUGGCAGUACUUUGCAUCCUCCAAGAGGGACUGCCUGGAACGGUUUGGACCGCAGACGCUGGAGCGCAUUACGCAGGACGACGAUGUCAUCUGCAGCACCGAGUACUCGCGGAUCGUACCUCUGGAGAAUGGCGAGAUCGUGGUGUCCCUGGUGAACGGCCGCCCAGGUGCUAUGAACUUCUCCUACUCGCCGCUGCUGCGUGACUUCACCAAAGCCACCAACAUCCGCCUGCGCUUCCUGCGCACCAACACGCUGCUGGGCCACCUCAUGGGCAAGGCGCUGCGGGACCCCACAGUCACCCGCAGGUACUAUUACAGUAUCAAGGACAUCAGCAUCGGCGGCCGCUGUGUCUGCCACGGGCAUGCGGAUGUCUGUGAUGCCAAAGACCCCACAGACCCCUUCAGGCUUCAGUGCGCCUGCCAACACAAUACUUGUGGGGGCUCCUGUGACCACUGCUGCCCCGGCUUCAACCAGCAGCCAUGGAGGCCAGCAACCACAGACAGUGCCAACGAAUGCCAGUCCUGCAACUGCUAUGGCCACGCCCAUGACUGCUACUACGACCCAGAGGUGGAUCAGCGCAAUGCCAGCCAGAAUCAAGACCAGGUCUACCAGGGCGGGGGCGUGUGCAUCGACUGCCAGCAUCACACCACGGGCAUCAACUGUGAGCAGUGUCUGCCUGGCUUCUACCGCUCCCCAGACCACCCACUCGACUCACCCCAUGCCUGCCGCCGCUGCAACUGUGAGUCGGAUUUCACAGACGGGACGUGUGAGGACCUGACUGGCCGCUGCUACUGCCGGCCAAACUUCACAGGGGCGCGAUGCGACGCGUGUGCUGAAGGCUUCACUGACUUCCCACACUGCUACCCGGUGCCUUCUUCCUCCCACAAUGACACCGGGGAGCAGGUGUUGCCUGCCGGACAUAUCGUGAACUGUGACUGUAGUGCCGCCGGGACCCAGGGCAAUGCCUGCCGGAAGGACCCGCAGGUGGGGCACUGCGUGUGCAAACCCAACUUCCAGGGCACCCACUGUGAGCUCUGUGCCCCUGGCUUCUACGGCCCAGGCUGUCAGCCCUGCCAGUGCUCCAGCCCCGGCGUGGUGGACAGAACCUGUGACCGUGACUCGGGCCAGUGCAUGUGCCGGACAGGCUUUGAGGGGGCCGCAUGUGACCGCUGUGCCCCCGGCUACUUCCACUUCCCCCUCUGCCAGUUGUGUGGCUGCAGCCCCGUGGGGACCCUCCCCGAGGGUUGUGACGACACUGGCCACUGCCCGUGCCGGCCAGAGUUCAACGGCCCCCACUGUGACCGCUGUCGCCUGGGCUACCACGGCUACCCCGAGUGCCACGCCUGUGCCUGUGACCCCCGGGGCUCCGUGGACCAGCUGUGUGGGGCGGGUGGGCUGUGCCGCUGCCGCCCAGGCUACGCGGGAGCCACGUGCCAGGAGUGCAGCCCUGGCUUCCACGGCUUCCCCGACUGUGCCCCCUGCCACUGCUCCCCUGAAGGUUCCCUGCACACAGCCUGCGAUCCCCACAGUGGGCAGUGCAGCUGCCGACCGCGAGUGACGGGACUGCGGUGUGACACGUGUGUGCCUGGUGCAUACAACUUCCCCUACUGCGAAGCUGGCUCCUGCCAUCCUGCUGGCCUGGCCCCAGCUGAUCGUGUCCCUCCCGAGGCACAGGCCCCCUGUACGUGCCGGGCUCAUGUGGAGGGGCCAAGCUGCGACCGCUGUAAACCUGGAUUCUGGGGGCUGAGUCCUAGCAACCCUGAGGGCUGUACCCGCUGCAACUGUGAUCCCAGGGGCACGCUGGGUGGGGCUGCCCAGUGCCAGCCGGGCAAUGGCCAGUGCUUCUGCAAGCCCCACGUGUGUGGCCAGACCUGCGCGGCCUGCAAGGACGGCUUCUUCGGGCUGGACCAGGCUGACUACUUCGGCUGCCGUAGCUGCCGGUGUGAUGUUGGCGGAGCACUGGGGCAGAGCUGUGAGCUGAGGACAGGCGCCUGCAUGUGCCGCCCCAACACCCAGGGCUCCACCUGCAGCGAGCCCGCUCAGGACCACUAUCUCCCCGACUUGCACCACCUGCGCCUGGAACUAGAGGAGGCGGCCACGCCUGAGGGCCACGCUGUGCGCUUCGGCUUCAACCCCCUGGAGUUCGAGAACUUCAGCUGGAGAGGCUAUGCGCAGAUGACACCCAUCCAGCCCAGGAUCGUGGCCAAGCUGAACCUGACCUCCCCUGACCUCUUCCGGCUCGUCUUCCGCUAUGUCAACCGCGGGCCCACGAGUGUGAGCGGGCGGGUUUCCGUGCGAGACCAGGGCAGGUUCACCACGUGUCCCAACUGCACAGAACAGAGCCAGCCCGUGGCCUUCCCACCCAGCACCGAGCCUGCCUUUGUCACCGUGCCCCAGAGGGGCCUGGGGGAGCCCUUUGUGCUGAACCCUGGCGCCUGGGCCCUGCUCGUGGAGGCCGAGGGGGUGCUCCUGGACUACGUUGUUCUGCUGCCUAGCGCCUACUAUGAGGCGGCCCUGCUGCAGCUAAGAGUGACCGAGCCCUGCAUGUUCCGGCCAGACGCCCAGCGCUCUGGAGACAACUGCCUCCUCUACACCCACCUACCCCUGGAUGGCUUCCCCUCCGCCGCUGGGCCCGAGGCCCUGUGUCGCCGUGACAACAGCCUGCCCCGGCCCUGCCCCACGGAGCAGCUCAGCCCCUCGCACCCGCCACUCGCUGUCUGCUGGGGCACUGAUGUGGACGUCCAGCUUCAGAUGGCAGUGCCGCAGCCAGGCCCCUAUGCCCUGGUGGUGGAGUAUGCCAACGGGGACGCCCGCCAGGAGGUGGAUGUGGCAGUACACACCCCCCAGAGAGCCCCCCAGCAGGGGGUGCUCACCCUCCACCCCUGCCCAUACAGCACCCUGUGCCGAGGCACGGCCUUGGACGCCCAGCGCCACCUGGCCGUCUUCUACCUGGACACAGAAGCCAGCAUCCGGCUCACAGCCGAGCAGGCACGGUUCUUCCUGAAUAGUGUCACCCUGGUACCCACGGACACCUUCAGCUCAGAGUUCGUGGAGCCCCGAGUCCGCUGCAUCAGCAGUCAUGGUGCCUUCAGCCCCAGCAGUGCCGCCUGCCUGCCCUCCCGCUUCCCGAAGCCGCCCCAGCCUGUGCUCCUCAGAGACUGCCAAGUGCUGCCGCUGCCGCCCGGCCUCCCGCUGACCCGCUCGCAGGAGCUGACACCAGGCGCACCCCCACCCGGGCCCCAGCCCCGGCCCCCCACCGCCGUGGACCCCGACGCAGAGCCCACGCUGCUGCGCCACCCCCAGGGUACCGUGGUCUUCACCACCCACGUGCCUGCCCUGGGACGCUACGCCUUCCUGCUGCACGGCUACCAGCCCGCCCACCCGACCUUCGCCGUGGAGGUCCUCAUCAAUGGGGGCCGCGUCUGGCAGGGCCACGCCAACGCCAGCUUCUGCCCGCAUGGCUAUGGCUGCCGCACACUGGUGGUGUGUGAGGGCCGGGCCAUCCUGGACGUGACUGACAGUGAGCUCACUGUGACCGUGCGUGUGCCCGAGGGCCGGUGGCUCUGGCUGGAGUACGUGCUGGUGGUCCCCGAGGAAGCCUAUAGCUCCAGCUACCUGCGGGAGGAGCCCUUGGACAAGUCCUACGACUUCAUCAGCCAGUGCGCCGCCCACGGUUACCACAUCAGCCCCUCCGGCUCGUCCGCCUUCUGCCGCAGUGCCGCCACCUCCCUCUCGCUCUUCUACAACAAUGGGGCUCGGCCGUGCGGCUGCCACGAGGUGGGCGCCACGGGCCCCACAUGCGAGCCUUUUGGGGGCCAGUGUCCCUGCCGCGCCCAUGUCAUCGGCCGCGACUGCUCCCGCUGUGCCACGGGCUACUGGGGCUUCCCAAACUGCAGGCCCUGUGACUGCAGCGGCCGCCUCUGUGAUGAGCUCACAGGCCAGUGCAUCUGCCCCCCGCGCACCAUCCCGCCCGACUGCCUCGUCUGCCAGCCCCAGACCUUUGGCUGCCACCCCCUGGUGGGCUGUGAGGAGUGUAACUGCUCAGGGCCCGGUGUCCAGGAGCUCAUGGACCCCACCUGCGAUGUGGACAGCGGCCAGUGCAAGUGCAGACCCAACGUGGCCGGACGCCGCUGUGACACCUGUGCUCCUGGGUUCCACGGCUUCCCCAGCUGCCGCCCCUGUGACUGCCAUGAGGCAGGCUCUGCGCCUGGCAUGUGCGACCCCGUCACAGGCCAGUGCUACUGCAAGGAGAACGUGCAGGGCCUGAGGUGUGACCAGUGCCGCCUGGGGACAUUCUCACUGGACGCUGCCAAUCCCAAAGGCUGCACCCGCUGCUUCUGCUUCGGGGCCACUGACCGCUGCCGGAGCUCGACCUACGCCCGUCGUGAGUUCGUGGACAUGGAGGGCUGGACGCUGCUGAGUGGUGACCGGCAGGUGGUGCCCCACGAGCGGCCGGAGGCGCUGCUGCUUCGCGCUGACCUGCAGCGCGUGCCCGAGGCCAUCCCCGAGCUAUACUGGCAGGCCCCACCCUCCUACCUGGGGGACCGGGUGUCAUCCUAUGGUGGGACCCUCCGCUACGAACUGCACUCGGAGACCCAGCGUGGGGAUGUGUUCAACCCCAUGGAGAGCAGGCCGGAUGUGGUGCUACAGGGCAACCAGAUGAGCAUCACGUUCCUGGAGCCGGUGUACCCAGCGCCUGGCGACGUUCACCAUGGGGAGCUGCAGCUAGUGGAGGGGAACUUCCGACACAUGGAGACCCACAGUACCGUGUCGCGCGAGGAGCUCAUGAUGGUGCUGGCUGGCCUGGAGCAGCUGCAUAUCCGUGCCCUCUUCUCGCAGGCCUCCUCGGCCGUCUCCCUGCGCAGGGUGGCGCUGGAGGUGGCCAGUGAGAUGGGUGGGGGGCCUCCAGCCAGCAACGUGGAGCUCUGCAUGUGCCCUGCCAACUACCGUGGGCACUCAUGCCAGGAGUGUGCCCCUGGCUAUUACCGGGACAUCAAAGGUCUCUUCCUGGGUCGCUGCAUCCCCUGUCAGUGCCACGGCCACUCAGACCGCUGCCUCCCUGGCUCAGGCAUCUGUGUAGGCUGCCAGCACAACACCGAGGGUGACCACUGCGAGCGCUGCCAGGCUGGCUUCGUGCGCACUGGUUCCGAGGACCCUGCAGCCCCCUGUAUCAGCUGCCCCUGCCCCCUGGCCGUGCCUUCCAACAACUUCGCGACAGGCUGCAUCCUGCGAGGUGGCCGCACCCAGUGUCUCUGCAAACCCGGCUACGCUGGGGCCUCUUGCGAGCGGUGUGCACCUGGCUUCUUCGGGAACCCCCUGGUGCUGGGCAGCUCGUGCCAGCCCUGUGACUGUAGCGGAAACGGCGACCCCAACAUGCUCUUCAGCGACUGCGACCCCCUGACAGGCGCCUGCCGCGGCUGCCUGCGCCACACCACUGGGCCCCACUGCGAGAGCUGCGCCCCUGGCUUCUACGGCAAUGCCCUGUUGCCCGGCAACUGCACCCGGUGUGACUGCUCCCCAUGCGGGACGGAGGCCUGUGACCCCCACAGUGGACACUGCCUGUGCAAGGCCGGUGUGACUGGGCUGCGCUGUGACCGCUGUCAGGAAGGACAUUUUGGCUUCGAGGGCUGCGAGGGCUGCCGCCCAUGUGCCUGUGGACCAGCCGCCGAGAGUUCCGAGUGCCACCCCCAAAGUGGGCAGUGCCACUGCCGACCAGGGACUGGGGGACCCCAAUGUCACGAGUGUGCCCCCGGCCACUGGGGGCUCCCCGAGCAGGGCUGCAGGCGCUGCCAGUGCCAAGGGGGCCACUGUGACCUGCACACGGGCCGCUGCACAUGCCCUCCUGGGGUCAGUGGGGAACGCUGUGAGACCUGCAGCCACCAGCACCAGGUGCCCGUGCCAGGAGGUCCUGGGGGCCACGGCGUGCACUGUGAAGUGUGUGACCACUGUGUGGUCCUGCUCCUGGACGACCUGGAGCGGGUUGGCGCCCUCCUCCCUGCCAUCCGGGAGCAGCUGAGUGGCAUCAACGCCAGCUCUGUGGCCUGGGCCAGGCUACACAGGCUGAACGCCUCCAUCACCGACCUGCAGAGCCAGCUUCGGAGCCCCCCAGGCCCCCAUUAUGAGACCAUACAGCAGCUGGAGGCACUGGAACAACAGACCUCAAGCCUCGGGCAGGACACUCAGCAUCUGGAUGGCCAGGCCACCAGAGCCCGAGCCCAGGCCAGCCAACUACUGGACAGCACUGACGCCACGCUAGGCCGGGCACAGACGCUGCUGGCAGCCAUCGGGGCUGUGGACCUUGCCCUGAGCGAGCUCGAGUCCCAGACGGACCGCCUGGCACCAGCCAAUGCCUCAGUCCCGUCGGGUGAGCAACUGCGCCGGGUCCUGGCCGAGGUGGAGCGGCUGCUGCAGGAGAUGCAAGCCCGUGACCUGGGGGUUCCACGAGCAGCCGCUGAGGCCGAGCUGGGGGAGGCCCAGCGAUUGCUGGGCCGUGUGCAGGAGCAGCUGACCAGACCCUGGGAGAGAAACCAGGCGCUGGUCACACACACCCGAGACCAGCUGGCCCAGCAUGAGGCUGGACUCAUGGACCUGCGGGAGGCCCUGAAUCGGGCAGUGGGCACCACACGGGAGGCAGAGGAGCUCAACAGCCGCAACCAGGAGCGCCUGGAGGAAGCCCUGCAACGGAAGCAGGAGCUGUCCCGGGACAAUGCCACUUUGGGGGCUACUCUUCAGGCUGCCAGAGACACCCUGGCCCGGGUCUCUGAGCUUCUGCGUGGCAUGGACCAGGCCAGGGAGGAGUAUGAGCACCUCGCUGCCAGCCUGGAUGGCGCCCGGACGCCACUGCUUGAGAAGAUGCAUGCCUUCUCCCCAGCGAGCAGCAAACUGGAACUGGUAGAGGCUGCCGAGGCCCACGCGUGGCAGCUGGACCAGCUGGCACUCAACCUUUCCAGCAUCAUCCAAGGAGUCAACCAGGACCGCUUCAUCCAGAGGGCCAUUGAGGCCGCUAACGCGUACAGCAGCAUUCUGCAAGCCGUGCAGGCUGCUGAGGGCGCUGCUGACCAGGCCCGGCAGCAAGCGAGCCACACGUGGGCGAUGGUGGUGCAGCGGGGCCUGGCGCCCCGGGCCCGGGAGCUACUGGAUAACAGCAGUGCCCUGGAAGAGGCCGUCCUGGGAGAGCAGCGGAGACUGGACCUCGCGCGGGCCACCCUCCAGGACACUGGGACCCAGCUCCGCGAUGCUCGGGCCAGGAAGGAGCAGCUGGCGGCCCGUGUCCGGGAGGUGCAAGCCAUGCUGGCUAUGGACACAGAUGAGACGAGCAAGAAGAUAGCCCAUGCCAAGGCCGUGGCCGCCGAGGCCCAGGACACGGCUGCCCGCAUGCAGUCCCAGCUUCAGGACAUGCACAGGAACGUGGAGCGGUGGCAGGGCCAGUACAAGGGCCUGCAGAGCCAGGACCUGGGCCGUGUGGUGCUUGAUGCUGGCCGCUCAGUGUCCACCCUGGAGAAGACGCUGCCACAGCUGCUGGCCAAGCUGAACCUCCUGCAGGACCGCGGGGCACACAACGCCAGCCUGGCUCUGUCAGCCAGUAUUGGCCGCGUGCGGGAGCUCAUCGCCCAGGCCCGUGGUGCCGCCAGCAAGGUCAAGGUGCCCAUGAAGUUCAACGGGAGCUCAGGGGUGCAGCUGCGCACCCCUCGGGACCUCACCAACCUCGCCUCCUACACUGCCCUCAAGUUCUACCUGCAGAGCCCAGAGCCCACAGUCGGCCAGGUCGUGGGGGACCAGUUUGUGCUGUACAUGGGCGGCCGCCAGGCCACCGGUGACUACAUGGGUGUGGCUCUGCGGGGCCAGAGGGUGCACUGGGUGUACCAGCUCGGCGGGGCAGGGCCUGCGACCCUCAGCAUCGACGAGGACAUUGGGGAGCAGUUCGCGGCCAUCAGCAUUGACAGGAUCCUCCAGUUUGGCCGCAUGUCUGUGACGGUGGAGAAUCGGAUGGUCCAGGAGACCAAGGGAGACACAGUGGCCCCUGGGGCUGAGGGGCUGCUCAAUGUCCAGCCGGACGAUUUCGUCUUCUAUGUGGGGGGCUACCCCAGCAACUUCACGCCCCCCGAACCCCUACGCUUCCCCGGCUACCGGGGUUGCAUUGAACUGGACACGCUCAACGAGGAGGUGGUCAGUCUCUACAACUUUGAGAAAACCUUCCAGCUGGACACAGCUGUGGACAAGCCUUGUGCCCGCUCCAAGUCAACCGGGGACCCAUGGCUCACAGAUGGCUCCUACCUGGACGGCUCCGGUUUUGCCCGCAUCAGCAUGGAGAGCCAGUUCAGCAACACCAAACGCUUCGACCAGGAGCUGAGACUCGUGUCCUACAGCGGCAUCAUCUUCUUCCUGCAGCAUCAGGACCAGUUCCUGUGCCUGGCUGUGCAAGAAGGCAAACUCGUGCUCCUCUAUGAUUUUGGCGCAGGCCUGAAGGAGGCCGACCCGCUGCAGCAACCUCCGCCACAGCUGACUGCAACCAGCAAGGCGAUCCAGGUGUUCUUGCUGGGGGGCAACCGGAAGCGUGUGCUGGUGCGCGUUGAGAGGACCACAGUGUUCAGCGUGGAGCAGGAGAAUGUGCUGGAGCUGGCUGAUGCCUACUACCUGGGGGGCGUGCCGCCCAGCCAACUGCCUGCUAGCCUGCGGCAGCUCUUCCCCUCUGGAGGCUCUGUGCGAGGCUGCGUCAAGGGCAUCAAGGCCCUGGGCAAGUACGUGGAUCUCAAGAGGCUGAACACCACGGGCAUCAGCGCCGGCUGCACCACUGACCUGCUGGUGGGACGGGCCAUGACUUUCCACGGCCACGGCUUCCUGCGCCUGGCUCUCCCCAGCGAUGCUGUGCCCCUCACAGGUGAUGUCUACUCUGGCUUUGGCUUCCGCAGCAGCCAGGACAGUGCGCUGCUCUUCCAACGAGAGUCCCUGGGUGGGCCAUGCGAGGUGACCCUGCAGCAGGGUCAUGUGACCCUCCGGCUGGCCAGGACUGAGCUGAAGACACAAGAGCGUUUUGAUGAUGGGGCUGCCCACUACGUCACUUUCUACAGCAACAGCACGGGGGUCUGGCUCUACGUGGACGACCAGCUUCAGGAGAUGAAACCCUACCGGGGGCCACGGCCCCAGCCUCAGCCCGCAGGGCCUCCUCAGCUCCUCCUGGGGGGCUCGCCCAAGGCCGAUGACGUUCGUAACUUCAGUGGCUGCAUCAGCAAUGUUUUUGUCCUGCGGCUCCUCGGGCCUCAGCGCGUGUUUGACCUGCAGGAGAACCUGGGCGGCUUCAAUGUGAGCUCAGGCUGCGCCCCAGCCCCUCGCACCCAGCUCCCGGAGCAGGUCCCACAAGGGCUGCGGGCCACCGUGUCUCGGAAGGCUGCCCGCCGAAGCCGGCAGCCUGCCCAGGACUCUGCCUGCUCGCCACCUGGGUCCCUCAGGACCAUCCGAGACGCCUACCAGUUUGGGGGUCCCCUGACCAGUUACCUGGAGUUUGCACAUGUCCCGGCCUCCCCCAGUGACUGGUCACAGCUCUCCAUGCUCGUCCGCCCACACGCCCCCCGAGGGUUCCUGCUCCUCGCUGUCCCCCAGACAGCCAGCAGCCCCUCCCUGCUUCUCUUCCUGAACCACAGACGCUUUGUAGCUCAGACCGAAGGCCCUGGGCCCCAGCUCCGAGUCCAGAGCCGCCAGCGUUCACGCAUUGGCCAGUGGCAUACGGUGUCCGUGCGCUGGGAGAGAAGUCGGAUCCAGCUGGUCACAGACGGGGUCUGGGCCCAGAGCCAGGAGGGGCCAGGCCGGCAACACCAGGGGCAGCAGGGCCCCCCACCACACACACUCUUUGUGGGGGGCCUUCCUGCCAGUGGCCAUAGCCCCAGGCUCCCAGUGGCCAUCAGCAGACCUGGGUUCAGGGGUUGUGUGAAGAGGCUGAGGCUGGAUGGGCGGCUCCUGGGGGCCCCCACACGGAUGGUGGGGGUCACACCCUGCUUCUCAGGGCCCCUGGAGAAGGGCCUGUUCUUCACAGGCAGCGGGGGAGCCGUCACUCUAGACACCCUGGGGGCCACACUGCCCGACGUGGCCCUGGAGCUGGAGGUGCGGCCCCAGACAGCCACCGGCCUGGUCUUCCACUUGGGCCGGGGACAGACACCCCCAUACCUAGAGCUGCAGGUGCUGGGGAAGCAGGUCCUGCUGUGGGCCAACGAUGGCGCUGGUGAGUUCUCCACACUGGUGACACGCCCCGCAGCACUGUGUGAUGGGCACUGGCACCGACUGGGAGUGACCAAAGGCGGGAACGUGCUCCGGCUGGAGGUGGACCAGCAGAGCAACCACACCCUGGGCCCAGCGCCGGCCACCUGGACCAACACCCUGGUGCCACUGCACCUCGGGGGCCUGCCAGAACCCUGGAAAAGGCCUCCCUACAACGGCUGCGUGCGGAACCUAGUGCUCAACCAGGUGUCGGUCACCUGGCCUCCUACUGCGGGCGUGCAGGGGGCAGUGGGGGCCAGCGGCUGCCCAGCCACGUAGCACAGCCGCACGAGGGGGUCUUCUGGAGCCCACAGGUGGUCUGCCCCGUCAGGCAAGGUCUUGCCCCCCAGAGCCCCCAGCCCCUCCACCCAACGUGCAGAUACCACCACCCUCAGCCAGCUUCUUAGAUGAAGUCUGUGUGUAUUUACCUAGACUCCAGAUUCUAUGGGUAAUAAAGUCUUAUUUCUGGGAGUGGUUUUUAAGUUAUGUCUGACUUCCUAAAGGAAAGGGUAAAUAACACUGUAAAAUGGGGGUUUGUAUUUUUUAUCUUUCAAUUUAAUUAUGAAAUUUCCCUUCCACCAAUAUUCAGUAAUAGGAAAGCUGUAAAUCACUGGCCCCCCCUGCUUCUUGAAACAAAAAUUAAAAAGUAAC